GAGAGCAGUAGAGAGGGGAAGAGUGUGGACAGAAAGAGGGAGCUAGAGAGAGCACGCACGAGAGAGAGAGAGAGAGAGAGAGAGAGAGAGAGAGAGAGACACAGAGAGGGAGAAAGAGGGAGUGAGGAGUGAGUGAGAGAGAGAGAGAGAGAGAGACUAGAGGAACGCAGCUGCCGUCGUGGUCACUGCAAGAAGACUCGCGCUUGGGCGGAAAUGGAGGGGCACAGUCGUGGGAACUGACACACACACACACACAGUUGUAUCGGCGGGAGAGAGAGAACUUCAUGUGGAAGGGGCUUGCCUUGAGAGGAUAAGGAUUAAAAGGAGCCUUGGGCUGGAUGGGUCCGAUCAUGCCGCCGGGCAAGAAAGCGGAGGGCCCGAGUAGCGGCAGCGUGGCCCGCGGCCUGAGCCAGCUGUACCCCGACAGCGAGGCGGCCGACCUGUCGCUCUCGCUGUCGGCCUCGCUGAGCCGCGCCGAGGACGAGGAGCUGACCAGCCUGAGCUGGCUGCACGAGACCAGCGACCUGCUCACCAGCCUGGGCCACCCGGGCCUGCGCAGCGUCAGCCCCGUCCAGGACGGAGGCGGCUCCAGCGGGAGCGGAGGAGGAGGAGGAGGAGGAGGCGGCGGAGGAGGAGGAGGUGGUGGUCGAGGGGGCGCCGGCCGGGACCCGUCCCACCGCUCCUCGCCGUCCUCGUCGCCGGAGCCGUCCGAGGCCGGGGCGUACGAGCUCCCGGCGGGGCCCAACCGCAAGCCGCCGUACUCCUUCAGCUGCCUCAUCUUCAUGGCCAUCGAGGACGCGCCCAACAAGCGGCUGCCCGUCAAGGACAUCUACGGCUGGAUCCUGGAGCACUUCCCAUACUUCGCCAGCGCCCCCACGGGCUGGAAGAACUCGGUGCGCCACAACCUCUCGCUCAACAAGUGCUUCAAGAAGGUGGAUAAGGACCGCAGUCAGAGCAUAGGAAAAGGCUCCCUCUGGUCCAUCGACCCCGAGUACCGGCACAACCUCAUCCAGGCGCUGAAGAAGACGCCGUACCACCCUUACUCUCCGCGCCUGUCCUCCAGCACGCCCCCCACGUCCCCCCCCACCUCCCCGCAGGCGUAUCACAGUACGCCUCUGUGGUCUGGGAGUCCACUCUUCAGGAAGAAUGGAGGAGUUUUGCUGCAAGUUCCGCAGAGGGUGAUCCAAAAUGGCUCCCGUGUGUCGAGCCAGGGUCUGUUUCCAGUGAUCCGACCUCUUCACAUCAGCCCUGUAGGGAGCCGGACCUCAGCUAUGAGGUCAGCUCUGGGUGACUUCCUCACCAAGGGGACGGGCAGCCUGCUCUGCGACUCGGCUUCGGCCAGCGACUCGGACGCGCAGGAGGACCACACCUACAGCAGCGCCAAGUCGAGCCAGUCGCCCGAGCACCAGGGCGCCUUUUCGUCCCCCUCCUCCUCCUCCUCCUCCUCCUCCUCGCCCCACGAGCCCUGUCGAGACGACAUCAUCAAGGUGAAAGUCAUGGACGGCGGGGAGACGGUGGAGGUCAAGCAGGAGUUCAAGCAGGAGCCUCAGGACAUUCCGCUGGACGGGGACAUCACCACCACCACCACCACCACCACCUCCUCCUCCCAGCAGCUGCAGCAUCAACAGGCGGCGCUGAGGAGGAGGGUGCUCUGGGUCAAAGGUCGCCAGCCGCGGACGCCCGGCGACACGCUGCCGCUGAAGAAGAGGCGCGCGGCGGAGAAGCCGCCCGACAGCGACGACGAGGAGAUGAAGGAGGCGGCGGGGUCCCUGCUCCACCUGGCCGGGGUCCGCUCCUGCCUCAACAACAUCACCAACCGCACGGCCAAGGGCCAGAAGGAGCAGAAGGAUAAGGAGGCGCAGAGGAACUAGCAAACACUAAAAAUAAGCAACAAAAAACGAAAGUAAACAGAAAGUAAUACAUGGAGGUCAAAAAGAGGAGAGAGCAUUUUUCUUUCUCUGACAGAUUUUAAAAAGUUUUGUUUAUUUUUAUUUCCAGGAUAUCAGGUCAAUUCUACUUUGUGGCAAUAUUCGAGAAAAAAUCACUGUUUCCCUUUUUUUGUUUUCAAAUUCUAUUUUAUACAAUAUAUUAUCAUACGUGUGUACAAGUUUGAGUGAAAUAGGUCUGAAUGUAUGUCUGAACAUGUAAGUGUGUGUGCGUGUGUGUGUGCGUGUGUGUGUAUGUGUGUGUGUGUGUGUGUGUGUGUGUGUGUGUGUAUUAGUGUGUGUGUGCGUGCGUGCAUGUGUGUGUGUUUGUUUGUGUUUUACGUUUGUCUCUGCAAGAGGAUAAAAGCCAUAUUGUGGAUGUCAUCAUUUAGAAAGCCUGCUUUGUGUCUAUAUGAAUUAGGUCAUAAAUGUUAUUUAGGCUCUGAGCAGAAGCUGAGAUACACACCAACUGGCUAAGUUGUAGCAAUUCACCCAACCGGUUAUUUAGACAGGGACACUAUUUUUUCAGAUGUUACUUGCUGCUCAAUCAGGAGUGCCAAAGACAAAAACACGACAGGAAGAAGACACACGCAGAUAACAUAAUUAACACGCUACCACAUGCUGUUAAGAUCACAUAAUUAGCAGAUGACUAUAAAUGUUAUAACAGAAUCUAUACCUAUAUUGAAAAUUCCCAUCAGAAGUCCAGUGCAUUGUGUUUAAAGGACAAUGUUCGUAUUGUAAAGGGUCAAGUCUCAAUACUUUCCAAGUCUUUUCAUUGGUGCAAAUGAGCUCAGUGUCUCAGUGCAGGAAAUAAUGUGUGUCCAUGGCUGUGUAAUUGUGAGCAGAAUGCAUGGGGUCAGAGGCAAUAUUAAUAUCAUUUCAUCACAUCUUGUGUAGAUUAUUCCAAUCUUUAUGUCUGUGAUCAAGUCAACACUCAGAUUGAAUGAUAAGUGACACUAAAAAGCCUGCCUAUCAUGUUACAAUAUCGUUGUGUUGGAGUGUUUGGUUGGUCACUUUGAUUUGAUUUCUAGUCCUCAAAACAAACUAAGCAAUUUUUGUCCUUUCCGGACAACACUGAACAUUGUACAAAGUUAGAAAAUGUUUCUUGUCUUUUCUUUUUCGUAAGGUAAGGCAGUUUGGCCUAUGGGGUUUUCUGAGUUGCAAUGCAUGGGCACCUGUAAAUAAGAUUGAAAAAGUAUUUUUUUUUUCAAACCAUGUAAGAUAAUAAUGUAUUUAGCAUGAAGCAUGACUUAUUUUCAUAUAACUAUGAAUCCUAUACAGAGGCUUCCUCAGUUCUUAUAUGCGUUUUAUUUUUUCUUGUCAUCAAGUGAACAAUUUCUCCUUUAAAGCAGGCACUUACCAAUAACACUCCUUGUCAGAAAUGUCACUCUUUGAUAAGAGGCUCUGUUUUCAGUGUGCUAAAACAGAGCCCUCUCCUACUUGAGUCACACAGUACAGUAUGUGCGUAAGUGUUGUAGAAGGAAGAAGAACAGUGUGUGUGCGUGUGUGUGUGUGUGUGUGUGUGUGUGUGUGUGUGUGUGUGUGUGUGUGUGUGUGUGUGUGUGUGCGUGUGCGUGUGCGUGUGUGUGUGUCCACUUUGUACACCCUUUAACUUUGUGCCUGCCUUAUAUAUAUGUAUUUGGGUGUCUUUGACCAGUGUUUUUUUUAAAGAGACAUCUUUGAAUUUCUAAUUUAUAAAAGUGUUUUACUAUGUUUGUUUGCUGUAAAUGUGUGUUUGUCACAAAACUUCCUCCUCGAAUGGCUCACUUAUAUACUGACUACAUAAAUAGCAGUUUAAGAGUUUGACAAACAAGCGACAGUUGUGCUGACAUUCACAACAUAGGGUGGUGUGCUUGUGUGUAAAAACAUCACCGUGUCAAAUUUAGUGAUCAGGUUAAAGCUAUGCUACAUAUUUAAUAUGUCACUGAAGCAAUUUUCCAGCACGUACAAAGUGGAUGAUGUACGACUAGUUUCAAACAUAAUCAGCAAAUAUGGAAUGUGAAUCAGAGUGUGCAAGAUAUAUCUCCGGUAUGUUGCAGGUUUACCUUGAGGCUAUUACAACGAUACAUGCAGCUGUACAAAAAAAAAGAGGUUAUAAUUUUUUGUUGAGUCAUUCUAGUUGCACAAUAAGUUGAGAACUUAAGAGGAAUGUUUUGAUGGUCAGGUUUAGUGUGGUUUCAGUGACAUCCAGUCAAUUUCGGUCCCAUCAAAAAUACACUCAGUUUGGGUGUUUCCUUAAAAAAGACAUGCAACAAUGUGGAGAAAAACAGCUAUAUUUUGCGUUGUAAAAUAUACACUUAACCCAGUCUGGUUGCGUUACUUGUCUGUGGCCUGUGGUGAUUGAGGACGCUGACAGAAUGUUAGGGUCAGAUUGUCUCUGCCUUGGGUGUCUUUGCACACACAGUCAUUUCUUGUCAUGUUUGUUAUGACACUUGAAGUCAGCAUGAUCACGCUGUCAAUUCAGGCACUUAUCUGUACAUGGACACCAAAGUUGACAGUGGGAUUUUGCUCUUUAAAGGGGAAUGUCUGCAGUUUGAUCUUGGUCAUUGUUGAGCAAAAGGGAGGGUGGAGUUUAGAAAGCGUGAAGUUGGAAGAUGGAAGUAAAAUUCACUGCCUCGAAUAUCCAGAAAAUUAGACUCUUCAAUAAUUGUAUUAAAUUUGCCAAACACCUGUGUAUAAAAAAAAUACAGUUUAUUUGUUGUUUUGGUCACUGCCGAUCUGGUGAAUCCUUAGGAUGGGCUCCACCUUAGAGGAAGCAAAUCCAAAAACAUAAGGCACUCUAAGGCUAGUUCAGACUGGAGGUAGCACAUUCUUUCCACUAUGUGCAAUCACAUUGCCAAAGAACAGUCUAGAAAUAUAUCAUAACUGCUUGUAAAUAUCACACUUGUCUUUUAUGUGACAAUAAAUGUUAUGUUUCUUCCUUUUUUUAUCCAGAUACUUACAAUAAUGUUUAUGUAAUGUAUUGUCUUCCAGUUGCAAUAAUAAAAAAUUGAGUUUGAAGAGUGGA